AUGGAAAAAUUCCAGUGCCUCACUACUUAUUUUAUACCAAUACAAAUCGAACAAAAUGUUCCCCAAUUCUUCACCCGCUUGCUGAUGCACUUAGAUCCGAAAAGGUGCUUCGUGACACCUGGGAGGGCAGUUCUCAGCUCCCAAAAUCAGCAGGCUCUGAAGGGGCUAAGUUUUUCCAUGGCAGACAGCAAGCAAGGAAGGAGCCUUGCAUACCUUUUGGAUGGUGUGGAAAAGGCCCACAGAACUGAAGUUCAACUUUACACAUCAGGGCACUUAAACCUUGACAAGCUUUAUAAGCCCCAAAGGAAAUUAAAACAAGGCUACUGGGACAGUGCCAGGAAGACAACACAUGUUGUGACUAAAAAAAAUCUAUUGCCAGCCCAAAGUGAAACAGCCAGGAAGAUAAAACACACUUCAGCUGAAGUCUCCUCCAGCCCCACACUGGUUUCAGCAUGGUCCAAAUCUGCCUCUUCUACUUAUAGAUGCCCUCAGCCACCCCUGGGCAGUGUCCCAGUAAAUGCCUCAUUAGUUUCCAGUCCAUUGGAAAUGCAUUCGAAAUAUAUUAAAAACAAAAUACAGGAUGGAACUAACAGACUCCAUCUGCCACUUAAAAAAGAAGAGUUAGAUGUACCAGAGAUGAAGGUGCUGAAACACAGGCCAGUUAAGAACAGCCGACAAUGUUUUGCUGAAGUUGCCAAGGACAAAUACCAGUUUAUGCCUUCAUACUUGGCGGGUCUGACUAGAACCGAUCAGUUUAACAAGUUUCUACGCUUCCAGAGGGAUAUUAUUGGAAAGCAUGAUCUGCUAGAGAAUGACUUCACCGGGAGCAAAGCAUCAGAGCAGCAUGAAAGGAAGUUGGCUAAGGAUCUCCAGCAAAUCUGUGAUUGCGAUUGGCCCCAUUUCAAAUACCUGAAAGUCUUCAGGGAUGUGUUUGAGGAUAUUUGCAACAGCUCUUUGAUAUUUGGUGAUAUUUUGAAGGAAGUUAAGAAUGUAUAUGAGCUGUACAUGGCAAUACUUCUGGACUCACUGCCUGCAACACAAUACAAGACUUUGUUGGCUCAGGCAAGAGGUAUGGAAAAAAGAGCCACAAAGAGGCAAGAAAUAGAACAGACCAGGAGAGAUGUACAAUUUCUUAUGAAGAAAAGCAAAAGUGCUCUGGAGAGAAAUGAAGAACUCAGAAAUGAACUCGAAAUUGAACUGUGGGUGAGCCCAACUCCUGAGGAAAAGGCAGUUCCAGAAACCCAUGAUGACCCUGCAGUGAAAAUGCCUGUAAAGAAACAACUCUCCCUGGCAGAGAAGGUUGAAUCUAUGAGGUGUCAAGUUCUCGCUAAGUGGGAGGAAAUACAAGCUUUAGAGAAAGAGAUUAAAGAAACCAUGACUCAUGCUGGGGUUGCAAACACCAUAGAGAAGACGGUUAAAGACAUAGAGGCUGAAGCAAUGAGGCUCAUCUCAGCUAACAAGUUUCUUCAAACCCAAAUAAAAGAUGUUGAAUACAGCAUAACAGAUACCUUAAAUAAACAGAAGAUCUCCCAAGAAAGUCAACAAAAGAUGUGGGACAUGCUGAAGACCUUCUUGUCACUUGAAGAUAGUGAAGCAACUUCAGACAAAUCAGAAAAAUGAUGUGUAGGAAGAUAAAUUCUAGCUGCACUGAACAUACUUUUGACAUCCUGAGACCAUGCAAGAUGAAACCCAGUUUUGAAAAACUGAUGCUGGGCCUUAGAAUCAAAUAUUAUAAUGCAACUUCAAUAAGAUAAAUGUCAGUAUUUGCACAGAUUAUCAUGGGUGUAGACACUGAUAUUUCCAUAUGCCAUCUAGAGAAAUGCCCACCACUAAUAAUAGCAAUAGUAUAAAUAGUGGUGCCUUUCCUUAUAUAGUUUCAGUAGAAACUUCCCUUAUUUAGUAGUGGAACCUUUAUUCAAGGACCAGAUGAUAUUUAAUUAAACCUCCACAGUAGAACUCACAACUGCAAAUUAUUUAAGUAAAUUGAAGUUGCAGCUUCUAGAAAUGAUAUACAUGUAUAAUUUUGUGCAUAUUCAUUGUUGUGAGUAUUAUAUUCAAGCCUCGAACCUGGCUGAUGCAGAGGGAUAUGGCAUAGUGGCAAUGCCACCUCCCUUCAGCAGCUUUUUCUUUUCCAGUGUCUCAGUUUUCCCUUUAUACAUCUCUAAUUGAUACGUUUGCAAAAAGAGCUUUGAAAAUAGGAACCAAGUGUAGCCCAGGUAACUUGGGUAUAUAC